GACGUUUGAAAUUGGGCGCAAUUUUCAAAUCUGCAAACUUCGGAUGAUAAACGUCAGAUGGUUUUGACUUUUCAUGUUAUCUUCUCGGUGUACAGCACAAUAGAUGAUUGUUUAUAUCGCGAAAAUUGGAUUUCGUGUAAAUUGAACGACCGAAGCCUCAUUGGAUGAUCGAAUGUGUAUACAUUGUAAUUUAUGACGUAUUAGAGAGAAGAAACAAUCGUAAAACAUAGUACACAAUUGAUGAUUGAAAUGAAGACGGCAUAUUGCGCUCUAAACUCAUUGAUGUAAGUAAUUGACAAUCAUAACUACAUAGUGAGCGGUCCGAAUCAAAAAGAAAAUGUUGGAAAAUCCAUCGUCACCGACCUCCUGCGAUGUUCGAGCAUUUGCUGAGCAAACGCUCAUCGAUCGCAUAUUCAUGGGCGAUUACCAAGAGAAGCGUUACGUAGCUAAAUUGAAUGCGUACAAAGACUUGAUCGUUCUGAACAGACAAGAGCAAAUUCUUGCUGGUGAUCUGAGCAAAGUGAAAAAUCAAAUUCUCGGUGACAAUGUGAAUGCAUGGUGUGGAUUCACCGAUUCAAAUGAAAUCGGUGCACCGGCCGCCCAUUGUCUCUGGACGACAUUAGAUGAACCGAACAAAGUGAAGGCGGACGCAGCUUCUGUGGUAUUCGGUGAAUACUGGUUUCAAAUCAAGGGUCUUCGUUUCGCCCUGAAUGCGGUGGAAAUUCAAGUGACAGUUUUGCGGCCAAUCGAUCCAACAUCGCCGAUGCCAAGUGGUUUGGCCAUUUCAUCACUCGCCCAACAAGCGCUCGAAGUUGAUACACAGAAAAUCCAGCAAUAUGUCCAAGAGAAUAUUAUCGAAGUUGAUUGGGCAAACUUAUUCAAUCAAUGGAAAGCAUCCAUUAAUCAAAUGGCCUAUCGUUUUUUCACCACCGAAAUUACGUGGACCAAUUUCGUUCAUUGCAUUAAAUUAUUGGGCGUAUUUUGUAUUGCCUUUGCCAAACUCUCGGUGCAUUUUGUACAUUGCAUCGGCGAAUUUACACUUCGAUUGGUGUUUGAAUUGACAAAAUUGACGAAGGCGGCCAGCCCGAUUGUGUUGGCGGUGAUAAAUCUACUAAGCAAAAUGAUUGGCGGUUUUUACAUUCUGGUGGCCAUGAUAUGGAAAGAUUUGUUCUAUGGUGAUAGUGGCAACCGCAAAAAUCCACCGUCAGGCCUGAACAAUUAUGGAUUCAACAAUGGCCGUGCGCUGACAUAUCACGAAAAUCCGCGCCCAUUUCUACAAAGUUCCUCCCAACGACGACCAGCUACCCGAUACAAUUCCAACACAUGAGCAAACGAAAAUUGCUGAAUAAUUUGACAGCAAAUUUCGAGAUUUUCGUCCUUUUACCAAUGAUAUGUAUUCAUUCAGUGCAUUUGUGUUAUUCUUUCCAAGAGUAUUAUUUCCAAACAUUUAUAAAAGUAUUUUUAUUUCUAUUUUUUUCUUCUUCUCUUUUAAAUUUGUACAUUAAAUUAUAUGCAUUUAUUUAUCCGUUUAUUUUUAAAUCGAAUAAAACUAUAUGGGAAAAUGGAAAAAAAA